CCAAGGUGGCCCGCGAGUUUCGCACGCAGCGGUACGAUGACAACAACGCACCACUCAUGUAUGUCCGCAUUCAAGUUGGGCAAGCGUCCUGCAUCGCUCUGCUGGAUAGCGGCGCUUCUCACAAUUUCAUGAGCCAAUCCUUCAUGCAAAGGGCUGGCCUUGGCGCACAAGUUCGGAGGAAGGGAAACCCGACGGCGAUCAAGUUGGUGGAUGGGAAAAUGCAGCAACUUCUCAACCGUUACAUCGAGGCAGUACCGGUCUAUUUCGCACCUCAUGUAUGCGAACCGGUGACAUUCGAUAUUCUCGACACAGACUUCUACAUCAUUCUGGGGAUGCCUUGGCUUGCAAGUGCGGAUCACACGGUCAACUUCCACCGGCGGGCUCUUAGCGUUCGCAACGCCUUCGGCGCGGAAGUGGCGUGUACUAUUCCUCUACCGCACCCUUCGAUUCGGUGCCAAGUGGUGACGGCCAAAUCAUUCCGAGCGACUUGCGCUUACGAGCAGCCCGAGGAAAUCGGCCUAUGUUUCCUACGGACCGUUGCGGUAGCCGAUGCUUCACCCACGGACUUGUCUUCGGACCCCCAGGUGGUGCGGUUACUGGACGAGUUCGCCGACAUCUUCGAGUCACCUACCGGUGUGGUGCCGGAUCGGCCAAUCUCUCAUGAGAUCAUUCUUGAGGCAGGUGCCGUGUCGUCGAAAGGUUGCAUCUAUCGGAUGAGCGAGGAGGAGCUUGAGGUCCUCCGCGCACAACUCGACGAUUUGUUUGCCAAGGGCUGGAUCCGCCCUAGCAGCUCCCCAUAUGGAGCACCGGUUCUCUUCGUCCGGAAGAAGAACAAGGAUCUACGAUUGUGUAUCGACUACCGCAAGCUCAACACGCAAACCGUCAAGAAUGCGGGGCCUCUCCCUCGCAUCGACGAUCUUCUUGAGCGACUGGGCGGCGCAAAGUAUUUUUCUAAGUUGGAUUUGAAAUCGGGAUAUCAUCAAAUCUCGAUCCGGCCGAACGAUCGCUACAAGUCCGCGUUCAAGACGCAGUACGGGCAUUUUGAGUGGGUGGUCAUGCCUUUUGGCCUCACCAACGCCCCGACGACCUUUCAAGCGGCAAUGACCAAUGAGUUUCGUGCAAUGUUGGACCGGUUCGUGCUGGUCUACUUAGACGAUAUUCUCGUCUAUAGCCGGUCAUUGGAGGAUCAUCUUGGGCAUCCUCGACGAGUGUUGGAGACGCUCCGCCGCGCCAAGUACAAGGCCAACCGCAACAAGUGCGAAUUUGUCCGGCAAGAGCUGGAAUACUUGGGCCAUUUUGUCACACCGGAGGGCAUCAAUCCGCUAUCGAACAAGAUUCAAGCCAUCCAAGAGUGGUCGGAGCCUCGGAACGUCACGGAUGUCCGUUCAUUCCUUGGCCUCGCCGGCUACUACCAGCGUUUUAUCAAAGGCUACUCGAAGAUCGCGGCCCACUUGACCAAGCUUCAAUGCGAGGAUCGGUCGUUUGACUUCGGAGAGGAGGUGCAGCAAUCAUUCUUUGCUCUCAAAGCCGCACUAUUAUUUGCGGAGGUCUUGCGUAUAUACGACCCGCUUUUGCCUACGCGCGUCACUACGGAUGCAUCAGGCUAUGGCAUUGGUGCAGUCCUCGAGCAACAUGAUGGUGUGGACUGGCACCCGGUCGAGUAUUUCAACAAGAAAGUGCCCGUCAAGCAUUCCAUUGACGAUGCACGCAAGAAGGAGCUCCUUGCCUUCAUCCACGCGCUCAAGCGGUGGCGGCAUUUCCUCCUUGGUCGAAGCCAAUUUCGAUGGGUAACGGACAACAAUCCGUUGGUCUUUUACAAGACCCAAGACACCGUCAACAGCACCAUCGCUCGAUGGAUGGCUUUCAUCGACCAGUUCGACUUCUUUCUCGAUCACAUUCCCGGGAAGUCGAACCGUUUUGCGGAUGCUCUUUCACGGCGUCCGGAUCAUUGUACCGCGGUGUACUCAACCUUCGAGAUCGACGAUGACUUGUGGAACAGCUUCAUCCGCGGCUACCAAGCCGACCCCGAGUUUCGCGACAACCUUCUCGGCGACGUCACGCGUUAUUGCGAGUCAUGCGAGGUUUGCCGACGCUGCAAAUCCUGCAACCAUCGUCCGUACGGCGAGUUACGACCAUUACCGGUCCCGUUGAGGCGAAGGGAAGCGAUUGCCAUGGACAUUACCGGCCCGUUCCCCAAGCACAAGACCGGAGUGGAUGAGAUUCUCACGGUGGUCGACCGACUCACCAAGUUCGCCAUGUUUUUGCCUUGUCGCUAUCAUGCCAAGGCACUAGAGUUGGUCGAGGUUCUCUACGCCGGUUGGAUUCGAACCAAGGGUUACCCCAAGGAAAUCGUCUACGAUCGCGACACUCGGUUCAUGUCCGAUCUUUGGUUGGCACUCAUCAAGCGAUGGGGCCCAUCUCUGAAGCCCAGUUCAGCUCGCCUACCUCAGAUUGAUGGCCAGACGGAGAGGGCGCAUCAGACCGCACAGGUUCUCCUUCGCACUCUCAUCCGCCCCGACCAGAAGGACUGGGUUGAGCGGUUGUCGGAUGUCGAGUUGGCCUACAACUCCUCUAUCCACCCGGCUAUCGGGAUGUCGCCCUUUGAGUUUGAGCACGRCUCGCCGGUCACUUCACCGUUGGACACUAUUACUCCACGAACGGCCGAGAGCGACGACCAUCUUCUUUUCUUGCAUCGAAUGCAAGAGCUUCUUGUCAAGGCACGCGGUCAGAUGGCUAAGACGCAGCUACGCGUGACCCAGCAGGCCAAUCGCCAGCGUCUUCCUUGCCCAUUCCGCGCAGGGGACCUCGUUUGGGUUUCCGCAGCGGAAUUCAGCCUUGAACAAGACAUCUCUCGCAAGCUCCUCCCGAAAUGGAUGGGGCCUUGGCCGAUCGUAGCACCUGCUGGGGACGCACCCGAGGGACCUUCCUUCACGAUUCAGGUGCCCGGCCACUUGCCCGUCUACCUAGUCUUUCAUUGCUCCAAGUUGGCUCUUUACACGCCAGCGGAACAUGACCAUUUUCCCGGGAGACGUUCGCAAGACCCACCUUCCAUGGACGGUUUUCAGGAGGUUGGCGACAUCAUCUCCCAGCGACGCUACGGCAACAGGCCAACCAAGUAUUUAGUGCAUUUUGCAUACUGCACACGCUGAGCUGACCGUUGGUUGACCCGUGCGGAACUUCAAGCAACAGCUCCAGACGUUC